CACUGCCCACAGCCCUGCCAAUAAAAGUGAGGCUCAUCCCUGCUGCAAGGAGCUCUGUUCUUACUCCCUGCAGCACAGUCACCUUCUCCUCCUGCAACCUGCCAGCCAUGAAGCUCCUUUUCCUGACUCUUGCCAUCUUUUUGGCCUUGGAAUCAGCAGAUAGAUGUUGGAUGGAUGGAACAUGCCGACUGGUAUGCAAAAGUGAUGAACAAAAGCUCAUACGCUGUGUAAAUCGCAAACGGUGCUGUGUCCUUACUCGUUAUUUAACAAUCCAACCAAUGACAAUUGAUAGACUGCUCCCAUGGACCACUUCUCAGCCAAACAGUGGAGAUCAGAACAAGCAAGGGGAACAGAGACCAUGAGUUGAAAUGAAAUGACUUUGGUUCAGGAUCUAACUCUCAUACUCCAUUAAAACUCACAAAUUUGAUUCUGUGUCUGUCAAUCUGAGGAAUGGCAUGCAAAGGGAUUGAGGGUGAAGAGAUGACAGGAUGGCAGUUAAGAAGCAAUGGACAGUCAUUGCUGGGGCUGAUCCAUGGUAAUGGGGUGAGGGUAGUGAUAACAGUCGUGAAGAUAGUUUCUCAUCUACCAGUCACAGGAAAGGCUACUGGG